UCGCAAUGUCAUCGCCCGACUCGCGCCCCCGAUAGAACUCGCCCCAGCCAGCAUAGGAAGAGGACGAGGAACGAGGACAGCAGCAUGAGAGCCGUCCUGCCCGGCGCGCCAGCGCCGCGGCUCCAGGCGCUGGCCACGGGUUGCUGGAAGUCGCGGCGCAUCACGGCCUACAUCACCGGCAACGCGCUCUCCAUCCUCGGCGACGCCCUCCCCGAUGCGCUGCUACAAACGGUCUACGACGACGGCGACCCCGAGCCGCUGCAGGCGGUCGCGCUGGACGAGGCGUCGGGCAAGAUCGCCGUGUGCACGUCGCGCGCCGUCAGGGUGUACCGGCCGCUGCUUGCGGAGGACCGGGCUGCUGGUGGCGGGGUUGCUGGUGGGGGGGAGAGGGAGGCGGAGGCGCCGUUGAGGUGGGCGCUGCAGGCGGGUUUUAAAAUUGAAAAGGGGGGAGGAGGGAGUAAUAAUGGUGGUGAUGAUGGUGGUGGUGAUGGUGAUGGGGGCCCGGCGAUAGCGCUGUCGUGGGGCGCGUCCGAGGAGCUGCUCGUCGCGCAUCGCUGGCUGGAGCUGUACCAGACGUCGGCGAGCUCGGUGGCUGGCGACGCGCCCGAGUGCUCGUGGCGGAAGCGGUUGGCGAGCCCGGUCCGGCUGGCCAGUCUGUCGUACGACUCAGCGUACAUCGCCUCGGUCGGGGAGUGCGACCGGCUGGUGAAGGUGUGGCGGCGGUUGAGUUACGGCACGGGCGAGGUCCGGUUCGACUUCAUCUACCUCCGGCACCCGCAACCCGUGACGGGGAUCCAGUGGCGCCGGCCGCACCACGUCGACCAGACGAUCGAGAAUGCGCUGUAUACGUUCUGUGCUGACAACGUGCUGCGCGUGUGGGUUGGGUCCGAUAGUUAUGGGCAUCAGCACCUGCGGCUGUGGGGGACGCUGGAUCUGCGGGAGGCUCUCCAGGGGCGAGGGCUGCGCGGGGAUGGCCUACGAUGGGCGUUCGUCAUGCAUGGGGGCAAUCUGACGGCCGCGACGGAGAAGGCUGUUCAGGAAGGGGCAAAGUCGGAGGAGGAGGCUGUCGCGCUGGAGCAUCUGAUUACGGUUGCGAAUAAGAGCCCGGAGAUCUGCGUGGUCAUGGACGGCGGGGGCCACAUGUCUGCGUGGGCGCUCGAGAACAUCGGGUGCAAAACAAGGAGGUCGAACAUCUUUAAUGUCGCGCAUGUCGCUUCCUCCGAGCUCGAUUUCUUGAAGGGGCAUACCGGGCCCGAUACCCAGCAUGUUGAGGCUUACAGCUAUUGCAACUCGGGAGGGCACUUGCACGUCCUGCUGCACUUCUUUGACGGCAGAAUCGAGGUCUUCCGCAGCAACAUUGCCGCCUUGUUUGACCCGAACCCCAAGAGGCGGCGGCUCAGCCAGCAAUGCCUGUGGACUGGCCACUCAGCGCCAAUACGGAAGAUUGUGCGCAACUUCAGCGGCAAGGCUAUCAUCUCCCGGACGGAGCAUGGACAGAGCAUCGUCUGGAAGCACGAGCUGGAUGCCAAGCGGACGGGGCUCUCACGGCAGGCGGUGAUCGCGCAGGAGGGGCACAUCCACAGGAUGUGUCUUCUGAGGAAGGGCCGGUUUGUCGUCUUCCUCAGGCACGAGAAACUCUCGCUGUGGGAUUGCCGGCAGUCGGAACCGCGCAUGCUGGUUGAGAGGGAAUACGAUAUUCCCGGGAAGCCGCUCUGUCUGCUGAUUCUCCCGCGAAAAGAGGUGGAGGACUAUACCACUGCACACAUCGCGACCAUCACAUCGGAGAAGAGGGGCGUCGUCUGGGAGGUCAAGCUCCCCUUCUAUCCUCGGAGCGACGCCUCCACUCCAACCUCCAACGGCAUCCAGCACCAGCCGCCGUCAAUUCACGAAUUCGUCAAGUUCACGCUGGAAGACGCAGGCGACCUGGCCUACGUCCUUCCGGUCGACCCUGCCGGCACGACGCCGCACGUCUCGGGCUUCCUCGAUGUCUUCGCCCGCGACGUGGCCAUCUCGUACACGCACUCCGGCCGGGUCGAGUUCUGGACCGCCCGCGUGGGCCACCCCGGCAAGGACGUCGAGUGGCUGUCGACCAGCUCCAUGGAGACGGGCGUGUGCGACCCGGCGCUGGUGAGCGGCAGCACGCGCAAGAAGGCGGCGCUGGUCAACGCGGCGCGGUCGGCGCUCACGAUCUGGGACAUACGCGGCGCGCGGCUCGAGUACGCGCAGCAGUUCGAGGACGGCCACACGAUCCGCGACCUCGACUGGACGUCGACGCCGGACAUGCAGUCGAUCCUGGCCGUCGGCUUCCCGCACCGCGUGCUGCUGCUCUCGCAGAUGCGCUUCGACUACCUCAACCAGGGCCCCGCCUGGGCGCCCAUCCGCGAGAUCUCCAUCCGCGACCUGACGCCCCACCCCAUCGGCGACUCGGUCUGGCUCGGCGACGGCCACCUGGUCAUCGGCGCCGGCAACCAGCUGUUCGUGCAGGACCGCCAGUUCGACGCCGGCAGCUCGCUGGUCACGAGCCUGGGGCUGCCGCGGAGGAAGGGCGGCGAGCGCCACUGGGACCUGUUCGAUGUGGUGCAGCGGCUCAACGGGCCGCUGCCGGUGUUCCAUCCGCAGUUUCUGAGCCAGUGCAUCCUGGCCGGCAAGAUCGUGCUCGUGCAUGCCAUCUUGAUGGCGCUGCACAAGACGCUGAAGUUCUGGGUCGAGGGGGACGUGGUGGAUGAUUAUCUGGGGCUGGACCUCGAGGAUUUUUACGAAGCCGACCAUUCUACGAAGACGUCCUCGGACAAGGACCCCGGCCAGUACCUCGCGCGACGCAUGUCGUACGACGAAGGGGACGAGCCCUUCUCGGAGGAGGUGGCGGCCGAGAUCAACGAGCGGCUCACGCGCAUCGGCAUCCCGCAGCUGUCGGGCCACGAGCAGAUCCAGUUGGUGGACAUCAUCGAGUGCGCCGGGCUGGUCGAGAAGCAGCGGCGGUCGCUCGACGAGAACGGGGCGCGCUUCAUGCUCUUCUUCCGGCAGCACGCGCUGCGCAAGGGCCGCACCAGCGAGAUCUACAUGGGCUGGCGCGAGAUCAACUGGGCGUAUCACUCGACGAGCCAGGACGUGCUGGUGGACUUUGUGUCGAAGCAGUGCCACGGGCGCAUGCUGUGGGAGAAUGCGCGGGAGAGCGGCAUCUUCAUGUGGCUGGCGGACAAUGCUGCUGUGAAAGCACAGUUCGAGGUGAUUGCGCGCAACGAGUACGCCAAGAAUGACCCCAAGAACCCGAUCGACUGCAGCCUGUUUUACCUGGCGCUCAAGAAGAAGACGGUGCUGCAGGGCCUGUGGCGCAUGGCGACGUGGAACCGCGAGCAGGGAGCCACGCAGCGGUUUCUCGCCAACAACUUUGACGAUCCGAAGUGGCGGACGGCGGCGCUCAAAAACGCUUAUGCGUUGAUGAGCAAGCGGCGGUUUGAAUACGCCGCCGCCUUCUUCCUCCUUGCCGAUCACCUGCAGGACGCCGUCAAUGUCUGCCUCAACCAGCUCAAGGACGUGCAGCUCGCGAUUGCCGUGGCCCGCGUCUACGAAGGCGACCACGGCCCCGUGCUCCGCCGGCUGCUCGAGGAGGAAGUGCUCGGCAUCGCGGCGCAGGAAGGGAACCGGUGGCUCGCUUCGUGGGCCUUCUGGAUGCUCCACCGCCGGGACAUGGCGGUGCGCGCUCUGAUUACGCCCGUGUACACGCUGCUCGAGACGCCCGGCUCGCCGGACCUCAAGUCGCGGCUGUUCCUGACGGACGACCCGGCGCUGGUGAUCCUGUACCGGCAGCUGCGGCAGAAGACGCUGCAGACGCUGCGCGGGGCGAGCAAGGUCACGCCCAAGGUCGAGUGGGAGUUCGUGCUGCACAAUGCACGGCUCUACGAUAGGAUGGGCUGCGACCUGCUGGGGCUGGACCUGGUCCGAAACUGGGAGUUCUUCCAGCCUGCUGGGGUUACGGGCGGGGCGGCCGGGCUGGGCGGCGAGAUCGACCCGCUCAGGCUGCUCAAGCGGAGGGGCUCGCUGGUCGUCGCCGACCUGCCUGUGUCGCCGGUGGCCGUGUCGCACCAGCAACAGCUGCCACUGCAUCAGCAGCAGCAACAACAACCACAACAACAGCCGCAGCCCGUGCCGGCCGAGAUGAAGUCGGGCGGGCACCUGCCCAAGCCGCAGGCGCCGCCGGCGACGGUGUUUGAGGAGCCGGAUGCGAAUUCGCUGCUGGAUAGCUUUGGGUUUUGAUGGGUCGGGGUUUCUGAUGUCUCUAACAAUAAGAGUUAAUGGGUUGGUUUUACACAGCAGUUUGUUUAGAUGGGGGUGUUGCAUGGAUCGCGGCGCGAUGGUGUAGGAAUACUUGUGUACGUGCAUACUAUCUGCAUGGGCAGCCACGGAUCGGAAGAGGCGC